GGGCGGCCUGGCAACGGUGGCGGCGGCUCCGGAGGAGAGGGAGAGAGAGACUGACUGACUGGUUAAUUGAAGCUGAAGUGAAAGGGAAUGGAUGUGACGUGAUCGAGCUUGGCAGGGUAUCAGGUUGCUAAUCAUUCAGCGGAGCUUUUGUUGUGAUGAGGUUCCUUUGGAGACCUGCCUCGGACUGAAGCUUUGGAAGCAGAACGAGACAGAAUGGACGAAUCCAUUUUACUGGACUUGCUCGAGUGUCCCGUGUGCUUAGAGCGACUGGAUGCCACGGCCAAAGUGCUGCCAUGUCAGCACACCUUCUGCCGGCGGUGUUUGCAGGGCAUCUUGAACUCCAGGAGUGAACUGCGCUGCCCAGAAUGCCGGACUUUGGUGGACUGCAGUGUCGACGAACUCCCCACCAAUAUCUUGCUGGUCAGACUGCUUGACGGUAUCAAACAUCGGCCGAGGAGGCCCGGCAGCAGCAGCAUCAACGGUAAUAACAAUGUCAGUGGUACGGCCAGGGUACAAGGUGAUGGGGCCAUUACUACCAUCAAUUGUGGCACUGCGUUGCGGGAUCUUCAGAGCAUUCACCGAGUGCAGGCACGUAGCCCCCCGGUCAGGGGUAUACCUCAACUACCAUGUGCCAAAGCAUUGUAUAACUAUGAAGGAAAAGAUCCCAGUGAUCUCAAGUUCAACAAGGGUGACAUCAUUAUCCUGCGACGACAAGUGGAUGAAAAUUGGUACCAAGGGGAAGUCAAUGGUGUCCAUGGUUUUUUCCCCACCAACUUUGUUCAGAUUAUUAAACCUUUACCUCAGCCUCCGCCACAGUGCAAAGCACUUUAUGACUUUGAAGUGAAAGAUAAGGAAGCGGAUAAAGACUGCUUGCCAUUUUCAAAGGAUGAUAUCUUGAUAGUGAUACGGCGAGUGGAUGAAAACUGGGCUGAAGGAAUGUUGGGAGACAAGAUAGGAAUAUUCCCAAUUUCGUACGUUGAGUUUAACUCAACAGCCAAACAGCUAAUACAGAUCGAUAAACCUCCAACCUCCACUUCUGGAAGUGGUGAUUCAGGCGAAGGAAGCAGCAAUACCUCAGGGGCUGCGCACAACAAUUCUGCCCAGAAACCUGGAGACGUCACGAAAAAGAACACCAAAAAGCGCCACUCGUUCACCUCGCUAACUAUGUCCAACAAAGCGUCUCAGUCAUCUCAAAACCGACACUCUAUGGAGAUCAGCCCUCCUGUCCUGAUAAGCUCCAGUAACCCAACAGCCGCAGCUCGCAUCAGUGAAUUGGGUGGACUCUCCUGCAGCGCUCCUUCUCAGGUCCACAUUAGCACUACUGGUUUAAUAGUGACCCCACCUCCCAGCAGUCCUGUGAAUACUGUAGCUCCAUGUGUCUUCCCUGUAGAGGGCACCUACUCUGUUGCCCCUGGGGAGAAUCACCCACCGCCUCCACCACCACCUCCUUCGAAUGCUGUAGUUACCACCUCUGCUUCUAAUACUCCAAGACCGACAUUGGGGCCAACAGAGCAGGUGGCACAUCCAAGGCCUCAAGUGCGGCCAAAUAUGUAUGUUGCUUUAUAUCCAUACACUCCCCGCAAAGAGGAUGAGCUUGAGUUGCGAAAGGGAGAGAUAUUUCUUGUGCUUGAGCGUUGUCAAGAUGGAUGGUUCAAGGGAACAUCUAUGCACACAGGCAAAAUUGGUGUCUUCCCUGGGAAUUACAUGGCUCCUGUAACCAGGGCAUCUUCUGCAACAGGGCAGUCCAAACUGCCGGUGGUGGUGACGGCACAGGUCGCGCGAGGAGUGACCGCAGUUGUGCCUUUGCCAGUGGUGACGCCUCAGUCCAAAGCUCCUGGAAAUGGCCUGGACUUCAGCAGACCAAUUAGUCCAACCCCACCAAUCCCUACUGCAGUGAUAUCAGCUGCACAUGUACAGGCUACCAAUCCACAGGCCAAGGUUCUGAUGCAUAUGACGGGUCAGAUGACGGUCAACCAGGCUCGCAAUGCUGUUCGGACAGCUGCUGCCCAGGGCCAGGAGAGACCGACUGCAGCAGUGACUCCCAUACAAGCCCACAACCCAGUUUCCCCCAUCCCUACGACGACAGUGGCUCCUCAGCAAGUCGUGUCCUCGCAGCACCCACAGCAGGCUGUUGUCCCUUUUACCGUUGCUGCCGCUCCCACGUUAGCGAGGCCAGGUACUGCUCUAACUUCUGCUACCGCUGCCAUAACCCCUCCGAACAUCAGUGCUACGUCUCUGGAGGGAGAGACACCAGGCAUCGCAGCCUGUGUUGUUCCAGCAGUUCUUACCACCCCGCCUGUGACAGCCUCAGCUGCUAAUAAAUUUGAAAGGGAGAGCAGAGAAAAGAAGGAAAAGAAAGGUUUCUUAAAACUCCUGUCAGGCGCAUCUACGAAGCGAAAGUCUCGGCCCUCACCACCUUCCUCGCCUACGUUAGAAUCUGAACAGGCGGCUUCAGAGACAUUUCUCCAGGGAGCUGUGGGGCCAGAAGUCCCUUCAAGUGUUAGCCACGGCAGAGCCGGGUCCUGCCCUGUGGAUACAGAGGCCCAAGGAGCAACGCUGGAAACACUUCAUCGAAAGACAGCUUCUUUAGAUUCUGGCGUUCCCAUUGCUCCUCCUCCAAGGCAGCCUUGCUCAUCCAUGGCUUCAGUUCAGCUGGAAUCCAAAUCCAUACCAUGUGAAAGGUACAGAGUUGUCGUAUCCUAUCCCCCGCAAAGUGAUGCUGAGCUGGAGCUAAAAGAUGGCGACAUUGUAUUUGUGCACAAGAAGCGUGAGGACGGCUGGUUCAAGGGCACCCUGCAGCGGAACGGAAAAACCGGACUCUUCCCUGGCAGCUUCGUGGAGAGCAUCUGAGGACCCUUUAUAAAGCACAUGCACGCCAUCUACAACCGAGAAGUUCAUGAAGCACACACAACAAUCUAAAGCACCGGUUAUUUAGCAGAAUAUUCCUACCAAGAGCUGAAAUGGAGAUAUAAGACUCCAUUUGUAUUCUUCUGUCAGAAGGUAUUAGCUGCUUGGAUUUCUUGUUUUGUGUGUUGAGUUUCCAGAGGUACAGCAACAGCACAGUGAAUGUUCACCAGUGACACGACUCCCGGCGUGUACAGCUUGUGUGAUUCUUUAAGAUUCAGUCUGUGCCUUUCACUGUCAUUCAGUCUGUCAUCAGCUACUUUUUUCCCUCUUCACUGAAUCACAAGCACCCGAGCUAUUGUCUGGCAACGUAAUGAAAUCAACUGUUUACAAAGAGGCUGUAAUUAAGACAAAACUUUGUAACUUAUUGGAUUAGAGUUUUUUUUAGUCCUUGAUUCAUCAUGUAAAGUGAAAGUUCUAUAAUGUCAAAUGUUGAAAGUUGUGAUAAUUUAUAAGUGUUAUUAUCUGAGAGGGGAAGCUGGAUUCUCUCCUCAUGCUUCAGUUCGACAUAGUACCUCUUCUACACACAUCCCAUUUAAUUCCGUUACUGAUUGCUGGUUUAAUGAAUUUAUAAAAAAUUGUUAUCAA